CCAACAAAUAAAAUAUAAACUAAAUAAUAAAAAUAAAAAAUAAUGGACUUAAACGAGGACAAGUUCAAGGAGGAAGUCACCAGCUUUGUGUCCUCACUGCAACGGCUGCUGCCAAAGAAGAAGGAAAUUAUCGUGGUCCAACCGCGCAGAUACAAAAAUACGAAGCUGUGUGACGUUCACGCCGAAGCCAAAAGCACUUUCCCGAAAUGCUUCGUCGGAGCCAGACUCAUCGUCCUCAGGGAGAUCCUAGACAAGGUCAAACUCGUUCAACAAUACAGCUACGGAAAAUCAAGGGAGUCCUACAAGUGUUUCUCCCAGUUAAUUCACAAGGAAAUGGAGCCGAAAAGCACUGAUGAAGGCCUACUGAUAGACUCGUCCGGCUCUGCAACUGCCACGUACAAAGAAGUCCUUGAAGGAGCUUACGAGAUGCGACUCACAUCUAGGAUCAGAGACCUGGUGUCGUCAGAAACUGAAAUAGUUUUCGAAAAGGAGAAUGAUAAAUCAGUGGGUUCUGUUUCAUGUUCUGUGAGAGAUGUGGACCCCAAUACUCUGCGCAUGGUGACGCAGUGGAUGUACAAAAUUCUGCCAGAAGUAAGUUUAGGUACCGAAAUUGGACUGAAGCCCCUUGCGUACCCACCGGCGCCGGAGUUCUCGAUCAGCGCUCGGUAUGAGAGACCCACGUUUACAAUAACCUCGACAGCUAGCAAGGUUGGCAUCCAGGUGUGUCUUUUUAAGCAGUUUUCACCAGAUUUGCGAGUAGCGACUAUUAUAACGGAGGGCUGCCGGGGUGGGCAGACCAACGUUAGUUUGGCGAUGCACAAGAAUUAUCAGAACGGUUCGGAGUUGAAAAUAUUUGUGGAUUCGCAGCGCUGCGGGGGCUUUACCUUCCAAAGGGAUAUUUUGUUCUAUGAGCCGCACAAUGAGGUUCGCGUGCUGCGUCUGAUUGGGAGCACCUUGAUUGAUAAACAACGGCGGGUUCGUUUCGGGGUAGGUUUCAAUCUGGACUUUUGA